GCAGCUUCACAUAAUGACAUGGCACUCAUUUCCAUGUCCAUAAUUUGGAGCCAAUGGUGCAAACAAGACUAACCCCAGUGGUUUUUGUAUUAAAGUUUUCUUUUUCAGUUUUUCACUACUUUAUUUGUACAGUAGCUUAUGGAUAUAUGUAAAGAUGUCAGAGACAAUAGCAGCAAGUAGCAGAAGAAGCAGAAGCAACAGAGGUGCAGUCAUUAUAAGAGCAGACUCACUCAGUACAACUCUCUAGACAAAGAUAAAAGAAAGGAAAAUAUCAGAGUAGCCAUUUUAUUUUGAUUUUUCUGCAUGCACACAAAUGGAUUCUGCAAGUUCAAUAUAAACUCAAGCUCUACAAACAAGAAACCCUCCUCUUUUUCUCUACAAGAACUAGAUAGGCCAUUUUAAUUAGUCUCCAUCAAUGAUGUUGAAUUCAAAUAGUGCAAGAAGUAGGUCUCCUUUUACACCAACUCAAUGGCAAGAACUUGAACACCAAGCUCUCAUCUACAAAUACAUGGUAUCAGGUGUCCCAAUUCCACCUGAACUUAUCUAUUCUAUUAAAAGAAGCUUAGAGUCUUCUUUGGCUUCGAGACUCUUCCCUCACCAAACGAUAGGGUGGGGUUGCUUGCAGAUGGGUUUUGGCAGAAAAGCAGACCCGGAGCCAGGGAGGUGCAGAAGAACAGAUGGAAAGAAAUGGAGAUGCUCAAAAGAAGCAUACCCAGACUCUAAGUACUGUGAAAGACACAUGCACAGAGGCAGAAAUCGUUCAAGAAAGCCUGUGGAACUUACUUCAACUACUACGACAACCGCUACUACUACGGCUGCUACAAUAACAAUGCCUUCAACAACCAUGAAUAAUAGAAACCUCUCCACCGCCACUUCACCUAAUUCUAGCUCCAGCUCUUACUCUUUCUCUCAUCUUUCUUCGCCUGUAGAACCUGAAUUCCAUACUAGCCAUGGAAGCAGCCUUAAUCCCUUUCUUUAUACUCACUCUUCAUCUUCUAGACCUAUGAAUUCUGGUUUUUCCUCCCAAAAUAACACUGCCCAUCAUUUGUUUUUGGAUUCUGGUUCUUCUUCCUCUCAUGCUGAUAAGGGCUAUAGGUAUCUUUAUGGAAUGAAAGAAGAUGUGGAUGAAAGAACUUUCUUUCCAGAAACUUCAGGAAGUGAAAGAGGAUUACAAGAUUCAUAUCAGCAGUUGACAAUGAGUUCCUAUAAAGGUUACUCACAAUCACAGUUUGAAAACUUAGCAGAUACUUCGAACCAACAACAAGAUCAGCAGCAACAUUGCUUUGUCUUAGGUACUGAUUUUAAGUCAUCAACUACAAGGCCAAUCAAGUUAGAAAAAGAAACUGAAACCCAAAAACCAUUGCACCUUUUCUUUGGCGAGUGGCCACCAAAGAACUCAGAUUCAUAACUGGAUCUUGCAUCGAUCCUGCAGUACUUCAAGACACCAUUCCGAAGGUUAAAGAGUCUCAAUAAUAGAUGUUGGUAUUGUAGCCAAAAGAGUACUGGGUACAUGUUGCUGGGUCAAUUUGCGUUGCGUUGGACGUUGAACUUGUGGGACUAAUAAUGUAUGAAAACAGGACGGAUUCCUUGUCUUUAGCUUUCUUGAUUAUUAAGUUUUUUUUCUAUUCCCCUUCGAAGAAACAUGUUUUUGAAUUUGCUUCUUUGACCGCAGCCAUUUUCAGUAUACAUGCUUGUCGGCUUAGCUCUCCAUAUAUUAAUAAAAUAAUAAUUUCAUGAACUA